AGAGUGAGUGCGUGGCAUUGCAGUGGGGGAACCUGAUGUGCUCUGGUGUGGAACACUUCUCUGGGUUGGUGUGUUAGUGUGCGUGUGUUGAAACACCAUGUGGUGGCGUCAGCGUGGAGGGUGUACGGGAGUGAAGGCAGGUGUGAGAAUACAUAGUGUGAGGGCAACAUCGACGUAGACCAGACAGAGCGCCGCGUGUUCACCUGCCCUAAACACGAUCAGGGAAAUGGCCAGCUUGACUACCGCCUUCCGCCACUGUUCCCUUCUUAGAAAGAUGUUUGUCAACAGCUGGGUUCAAAGAAGAAGUUCCUGCUGGUGAACGUGUUGGUGGUGGUCCUAAACGCUGGUCUGGGCAUCCUGGUGAACAUUGCUGCCUUCACCAACACCAGUUUCAGGCGUCACCACUACCUCACCUUCCCCAUAGAUGCUGGCAACGUCUCCCUGUCGACGUCACCGCUGGGUGCUGGAGGUGUGCUGCCCUCGGCGUACGGGGUGAUGGACAGUAGCGGUAACUACACAACGUAUGCCUUUGUGUGGCCAGCACAGGAGUGGGAUGUCGUCACUGCCGAGUCCCGCGUGUGUCUGGCCACCCAAGCCUCCGUGGAACAUCUCUUCUGGGUGGCGUGGCAGGCGGAGACCUGGACGGGACCAAUGUCUGUGUCCAUCUUCGUGCCAGGGUCUGACUACGCCGUGGCGGCAGCUAUGGUGUCUUACCUGAGGAGGUGUUUCCCCAGCGUCCAGGAGCGAGUGUCCUUUCACUUGGUGCACACCAGGACGCGGCCUCCCCGAUCAUCUCCACACCUAGAGAUGCUCCACCUCACCUGUGAAGAGCCCGAAGACUCUAAUAACGUCCUGUUGUCCCUUAGGGAUAAAAACGAGCCGAGGGAGCGACGCUACCCGCAGAACCUGAUGAGGAACAUAGCGAGAAGAGCUUGCCCCUGUGAGUACUCCAUCACUGUCGACGUUGACAUGCUGACGCCGCCCUAUAUGGCCGAUAACCUCACCGGCUUCCUCUCCGGCGUGAGGAGUGGAGAGCCGUGCUGGAAGUGUGCCUUCGUCGUGCCCGUAUACGAGCUGCACAACACAGUCACUUACCCGCCGGAGGACAAGAUGGAGCUGCUCAGGCUUGUACUGAAGGGCCUCGCGCGACGUUUCCACCUUAAGGUGUAUGUCAAGAAUCAGGGUAACUCUCACCUGGAGAAGUGGGAGAUAGAGCCUCGUGAGACAGACUCCGGCCACUACAACAUCCUCUACAACAUCACCACCUACCAGGAGUUCUGGGAACCCAUCAUGGUCCUACCCUACACAGCGCCUCUCUUCGAUGAGCGCUUUAUAGGCUACGGCUUUACCAGAAGCAGCCAGGUGUAUGAGAUGCACUGCCGAGGGUUCCAGUUUCAUGUGUUGGACAAGGCCUUCCUCACGCACCGAGACUUCCAGACCACCUCCAACUACCCCCCGACUCGCCUCGCCCAGAUUGAGAUCAACAAAGUGCGCUACCAGAUGUUCAAGAGAGAGUUACACGCCAGUCUCGGCCUGUCACCACCGUCACCACUGAAAGGACCUCCUCUCCGUCAGCAGCUCCUCGCCCACAAGUCUCGCUCUCACCACACCACCAGGAUCUCCUCCCCUAGGAAACUACCUCCAGCUGACCAAAGCAAAACAAAAGAAGAUCACUGAGCGUUUAAAGUCAAGUUGUCUAGUGUAAGGGACUAAGGCUAAGACUAAGACUAAGACCCCGUUCGUUGAAGUACCUGAACACGAUAAAAAAAUAACAGUGCCUUUUGCGUGGUCUUAUAAGUCCCUAUCUAAGUGAAUAAACUAAGACUUGGUGAACAGUGCUUAAAGACCCUGGUUGUUGAAGCUUCUGACCACGGCUCAAGGUUCAUACGAUGGAUAUUCUUCCUCGUUGGAAGUGUGAGAACAUAUCUAACUGGUUGACUUAAGAUUAAACACAGAGGCUAGGGUAAAAAAUGACAUCAAAAUUACACAAAAUCUCUAUUGUAACCAGAAACGUUCACGUAGCACCUGUCAGGAGGCAAAAUUAACAUGUAAAUUAUGUAGAAAGUUUGUAAUGUUAGUUUCGUACCAUAACUAGUUGGAAAUUUAAAUAAAUGUUGUUUAAUUGGAAGCUAUUAUUUUGAUGUGAUUGUUAAUCGUUGGCUCAUGUGUUUUUAUCUUCAGUCAAGUCAAGUCAAAUAAAAGUAAAAGGUUAGUAAUAUCCUUAAUCACUAGGGAAAUUUAUUCUGUAAACUUUGAAGAAUUCCACGCUGGGGUGUAACUCGUUUAUAUCUUGCUCUACAUCUACACCAUCAGUUGGAAAAUAUAUUUAUAUAAUUUAUGUCAAAGUGAGUAUAAUCAGAAACCAAUAAAUUGAAGGACGAAGGAAAAAUAA